AUGUUGCGAUGUGCGCAAAUGCUCCUUGGGGAGGUUUUGCUUCGACGACACAUUGGCAGGGAUUUUGAGUGGAAGGAAGGUGUUCCUCCUACGGGUGAUUACGAACGCAUUUUGCGAAUGUUUUUGGAUGAGAAAACAGCUUUGUAUUCAAUCCAUCAAAUAGCACAAAUGGGGGUUUCGGAGGGGAAAACAAUUUACCCACUGCCUUUUCAUCAGGUCAUAAAGAAGCUCGCAGUGUUUGAUUCGUGGUCAGGCAUAGCUGUUCAUGUAGCUCUUGAUAACAUACUGGUACUAAAUGACGUUCGCACGAUAGCGACGUUAGCACCGCCAAAGGAUGCUAUAAAGUUGAUCACGGAAGAAAAAAACGUGGAUGAGUCUUAUAUGACCCUCGUGAAUGAAUCAGUCGCAUCCGAUGACCAGAAAUGUGACUGGCGGCCUCUUCUCCUGCUUGUGCCACUGAGGCUAGGAUUAACUAGUAUUAAUCGAUGUUAUCUCCCUGCUAUAGAGAAUUUCUUCAAACUUGAUUCUUGUGUUGGUAUUAUUGGCGGACGUCCUAAUCAUGCGCUAUAUUUUAUUGGGAUUGCUGGUGAAAAACUUGUAUAUCUUGAUCCGCAUUACUGUCGUCCUUCAAUAAUUGAAAAAUAUGGAAAUACUAGAUGUCUUGAGGACGGAUUCGUGAGCCUAGAGAGUGAAGACAUCCCACCUUCUGUUCCUAUCAAGGAUGAAGGUUUGGAUGACACAACUUUCCACUGCAAAAUGCUUUUACAUAUGGACUAUGAUCAGGUUGACCCCUCUCUGGCAUUAGCGUUCUUUUGUGAAUCAGCGGAUGCUUUUGAGAAGUUGAGUCGAGAUCUGCGGCAGGAUGUUUUUCCGUCAUCAGAACCACCAUUAUUUGAGCAGCUGGAAACUCGCCCAAAAUAUUUGCCACCAUUCGAACCAUAUACGGGUGUGAAGGCCAAAAUAGAGAUGAAAGAGUUUGACGAUAUGUGCGCUCCGAAUUAUGUCAUUGAUGAUGGGUUUGAAGUUCUUGAAGAGACAGAAGAUCCGCUCACUGAUUUGACGGAGGAAGCUUUGCAGAGUUGA